UAACCAUGCAUUCUGGAGCAGCUAAGUGGAGGGGAAAAGGUAGUAAUGGACUUCAAACUAAUUAGUGGGGGAGUACAGUGUAUUUACUUACAGAUUUAUAGGAAAGCAGUGCCCCAAACUACAUUUUGAUUGUAUUUCAGUAUAUAAUAUACUGUGUAGUAUGUUUUGAAUGUACAAUAAUUAUAAUUUACUAAAAUACUCAUUUUGUUCAUGGAAAAUAGUCCCAGUCCAGUUGCAGAGUUAUCUACUUGAAAUGCAACUAUUCUCAUCAGCAGUGGAACAGUUUGUCCCAAGCAGAAUCAAUUCAUAUAGAAUGUAGCUGCCACAAGGGUAGCUGGCAUCAGUGGGUUCAUUGUUUGUUACUAUGGAGACCGCUCAGCCUAUCCUGAAUAGCUGUUAGAUCAUACAGAAAGAUACACAUCUCUGUGUAACUUCAGCAUUGAGCAAGUUGGAUUUCAGAUCCAGUUUGUUUUCUACGGCAUUUGUAAAGUGUUGCAAGGGGGUGAUCGAUCAUGGAGGGUUCACCCAGGAGGCGCUCAGCUGUGAAUAUUUUUAGCAACUUUUUUCAGGGUCGGAGGCAUUCUUCCUCUGAUCCCCUUCUCCGCAUACUCCAAAGGCGCCGGAGCUCAGUUGUAGAGGUCCUCUCAUCAUCCACACACCGCGUUAUGGUGGCCAUAUCAUCUGUAAGCCCUGCAGAGCUGAAUGCAACUUUUCCCGAGAAAAAAAGAAAUUCAAGGCGUCCAACUGCAAAAUAUACUAAGGUAGGGGAACGCCUUCGCCAUGUCAUUCCUGGACAUAUGCAAUGUUCGAUGGCAUGUGGUGGACGUGCUUGCAAGUAUGAAAACCCAGCUCGAUGGAGUGACCAAGAGCAAGCCAUUAAAGGACUUUACUCUUCCUGGAUAACAGAUAACAUAGUGGCCAUGGCUCGACCCUCAACAGAAAUUAUUGAGAAGUAUAACAUUAUUGAACAGUUUCAAAGGUGUGACAUAAAAACAAUAAUUAACCUUCAGCGUCCUGGGGAGCAUGCUAGCUGUGGGAAUCCACUGGAACAAGAAAGUGGCUUUACCUACCUUCCUGAAGCUUUCAUGGAGGAUGAAAUUUAUUUUUAUAAUUUUGGAUGGAAGGAUUAUGGCGUGGCAUCUCUCACGACGAUACUGGAUAUGGUAAAAGUGAUGGCUUUUGCCUUGCAGGAAGGGAGGGUAGCUGUUCAUUGUCAUGCAGGACUUGGCCGAACAGGUGUUUUAAUAGCUUGUUACUUAGUUUUUGCAACAAGAAUGACUGCAGAUCAAGCAAUUCUUUUUGUUAGGGCAAAAAGGCCUAAUUCUAUUCAAACCAGAGGACAGUUAGUGUGUGUAAGAGAAUUCACUCAAUUUUUGAUCCCUCUAAGAAAUGUGUUUGCUUGCUGCGAGCCGAAAGCACAUGCGGUUACUCUGUCCCAGUAUCUGAUCCGUCAGAGGCAUCUGCUCCACGGUUAUGAGAGUAGACAUCUCAAGUAUGUGCCAAAACUUAUUCAUCUAGUUUGCAAGCUGCUAUUGGACUUGGCUGAAAACAGGCAAGUGAUAGAGGAGGAAUUGUUAGAUAUGCCAGAUCUCUCUUCUGAAAUUGAAGAGGCUGUUUCUCAGUUGGACUCUACACAGCUAGAUAAAGAGUUAACAAGACAGAACAGUGACUCAUCAGAGCCAUUCGCCCACUCAGUAGUGGAAAAUGUCACUUUUGAGACCCAGGAUUCUGUUUUCUCCCAUGAACACAAAUAUGAUCCUCUUUGGAAGAGGCGGAAUGUUGAAUGCCUUCAGCCUUUGACUCAUUCAAAAAGACGUCUAAGCUAUAGUGACUCAGAUUUAAGGAGAACUGCAUUUCUCUUGGAACAAGGAGAAACUCCAUGGACAGUGCCUGCACAAGUACCACUCUUUGACAAACUUAAGCAGCAGAACACUAGGGAACAUUUUCUCUCUGCAGGCAUUCAGACUCCUCAGCUGGAUUUAAACAAAGAGGCCUUAGUUCGUAGUACAUUUAUUUUCUGGAGUCAAGGUAAAUUCAGUUUAAAUGGACAAAACAGUUUCUAUACAAGAAAAUCUCCAAAAGAAGUGCAGCGUAGUAAAACAUUUUCCUCAGGUUUUGAACGUGUACACAAUGACAGGGAAGCAAGAACACCAAAACGUAGUUUUGCAAAGGAAAUUGGCCACAGAAAGGAGCGAGAGACUAAUGUGUAUGGCAGAAGAAUUUGUGCAUCGGAGGACUCUGAUAAUUCUGCUUUAGAAGAAGAAUCAUCUAUUGGAUAUGAAAGUCAAGAUAGUAAAGAUCUAUUGGAAGCAGUUCCGUACAUUGUUUUGCAAUCAGAAUUAAGUCUGGACGCACGAAGAAUUUUGGCAGCUAAAGCUCUUGCAAAUCUUAAUGAAUUUAUGGAAGAGGAGGAAGUGAAACAGAAGGUAGAAAUGUGGCAGAAAGAGCUGAAUUCUCGAGAUGGAGCUUGGGAUAGAAUUUGUGCCGAGAGAGAUCCUUUUGUCCUUUGCAGCUUGAUGUGGUCCUGGAUAGAGCAACUAAAAGAACCUGUUAUAACCAAAGAGGAUAUUGACAUGUUGUCAAAAAAAUGCACAGAAUUACCAGAAACUCUUAACUUACUAGAAAAGGAACAAUAUCAGACUAUUCUUUGUAUUUUCCAUUGUGUAGUGAAUCUGCAGACGAUACCAGCUGAUGUGGAGGAAGCCUUACUUACCCGGGCCAUUAAAGCUUUCACUAAGACGAGUGUGGAUUCUGAAAAUGGACCACAGGUUUACAAUACUCUGAGAAAAGUAUUUAAACAAACACUGGAAGCAAAAAGAAAGGAGGCCAAAAAAGAAACAGAUAACCCCUCUUGAUGUUUACACAGUUCUGCUGGGGACUUCAGUGAUCCUGUCAAAUUAACUUUCAUUUACCAGCUACAGUAUUUUGUGCUAAUUGGCAUGUAUUGACCAAAUUUUAGUUUUAGUUAAAGAACUUUUUUUUU